CCCUGACACCAAGUGGCUGAGCCUUGCUGCUGGGACAGCUCUCAGCUCCUUCUGCCUGCAAUGGCUGGAUCCCCUUCUCCACUGAUGACCCCAGAAGGGGAGUAACUUGUCCCCAUCCUGCAGCAGGAGCCGCUAUAUAAACGAGCUUGGGGUCAUGGCCCCUUCUCCCUCCCCAGUGAACGGCUGAUUAAGGGAACCUGUGGCUACAGUUACUGCAAAGAAAUGUAUCUUCAAGUAACCGGCUCCUCUUCAGAUCAUGGGGAAGCUGCUAUGUGGAACCAGGGGAGCACCUUGGAAAGCCAGCUCUUAUGGUCUUCCAGGCACGGCGUCGUAGAGAAACAAGAGAGCCCAGACUUUCUCCAAGGAUACAGAAGAGAAGAUGAAUGAGAACCAGCAACAAGGAUUUCCUGGUUCCUGAGCUUCACGUGAUAGUCUGGAUGGAACAAGAGGGAGAGCCACGUGUCCGGGAUUCCCAAGACUUGAGGGAAGCGCAGCUGCCAGGAGGCACCUGUGCAGCCGCCGAUGGAAGUGCGAGUGAGAACGAGGGGGAAACGCCCCAAGAGGGAGGCGCUGAACCGCAGGGGCCCGUCUCUGAAAGCCUCAGGGAGGCUGUCUCGCAGAGUCCCAAUCUGGAGAAAGCUUGCGAGAGUCAGGGCCGGCCGGAAAGGCAGCGGAGAAAGACCCCAGGCAAGAGGUUGGUUAAAUCCGCCACCCAGUGCGAGAAAGGCUUCCGGAAACUCAAGGACAUCCUGGUGCUGCGGCGGUCCCAUUCCCGGCUGAGACCCACCAUCUGCAGCGAGUGCGGCAAAGGCUUCAGCCGGAGCUCCGACCUCAUCCGGCACCAGAUCACCCACACGGGCGAAAAACCCUACACCUGUGCUGACUGCGGCAAAGGCUUCAGCCAGAACUCCAAUCUGGUGACCCACCAGCGCAUCCACACCGGUGAGAAGCCCUACCAGUGCAGGGACUGCGAGAAACGCUUCAGCGAGAGCUCCGCCCUCAUCCAGCACCAGCGCACCCACACUGGUGAGAAACCCUACAAGUGCGGGGAGUGCGGGAAGCGCUUCAGCGUCAGCUCCAACCUCAUCCGCCACCGCCGGACCCACACCGACGAGAAGCCCUACAUAUGCAUCGAAUGCGGCGAGAGCUUCCGCCACAAGUCGCAACUGAGACGGCACCAGAAGCUGCAUGUGGCAUAGAAGGCGGCGGGGAGAGGGGGAUAGAUCGGAUACAGAAGAGGUGGUAGGGUAGGGUGUGGGGGGGUUGUGAGAUGGGGGAUUCCUUGCAGGGAGGGGAUGGGGGGUGGCAUGGAUGGCUUGGGGGAUGCUCUGUUGCUUAGGGACAGCUGGCGGUGGGAUUAGAUGGGAGACAGUUCCUAUUUACUUAUGCUCUUUUGACCAAGGCUGGAGGCCUAGGUGAGUUGGGUGCGUGAUUCCUGUUAUAUUGUCAGAGAAUUCUGAAAAUGCCAAAAGGAUUUAGGAGCUUACAUCUGGUUGAAUGACAGUGGAGCUUAUGGCUCUUUAAGCCUCAUCGACUUUGCUCCUAAAUCCCUCAGAUGACUUUGAAAAUCACAGCCUGGAGGGGUGCUUAAUUCCCUUUGGCGCCUUUGAAAAAUCUAAGCCUCAGUUUCCCCAGAGAGACUCCCCACCCAGGGGCUGUCACUGCCUUAUUGGUGAAACUGAACAAUGCCGAGCCGUCCCGAGAAUGAAAUCAACAAGGCGGCGCAAACUGCACCGACAAAGCAGCAGCGAGAGGGCAUCGGGAGCACCCGGCAGCGGUGAGCAGCAGACCCGAAGGAGAGGGGUAUGCUGACAUUGCAAAGAACGCCAGGAUCCUGGGAUCCAUGAUGGAGAUUCCUAGCAUCCAUCCAAAGGUGGGAAUUCAAUGUAAGACUAGAGAGUCAAUCACCAGGCUUAAGUCAGAGCCAUGGCUGGAUCAGGAGCACAUGAGUGUCUAUGUAGCAUAUUGAGCAGCUGUGCAUAGUGUUUAUUUAGAUACAUUCUAGCAUUAGCACCACAUAGCACUAGGUCCUGGCAUAUGCUCAGCUGUGUUUUAAGUCCCACUGAAGUGAGAGAGAAGCCGCCGUCCCAGCCUCCUAACAGUUUAACAGCCCUGAUUCAGGCAUGUACAGGCUAUUGUCACAUCUCCUCUCUCUCGAGGUGCAUGUAAUGGCUCUGUUCUAAUGCCAGCCUUCUCAGAUGGUCCACGCACUGUCCCAAAACGUCACUGAGCAGAGGCAGGCUGAUGAGUAUGGCUCUGAAGGAACAGCAGAGCAAGGGAAAAGAACGUGUUUUGAGAGAGGCGUUUCAAACAAGAUCUGAAAUCCAAGAAAGAAAGAUGUUUUUUGGUAUGGUUUUUUUUUUUUUCUUUUUCGGAAAGACAAAACUUUGCAUAAGGCAAAUGCUCUUGAAGUAAUAUCCAAAGACGUUCUCAAGAUCCACCUAGUGAAGAGAAACCUUCAAAGGUUCUCUCCUCUUCUGAAGCCAUUCCAAAGAAUGGAAGGUGUAUCUGUGGCCUGAAAAGAGCAGGAAGCAGCUGGAGACUGAGGUUUUGAAUAUGGCUUGGAGAACGGACAGAGAUCUCUCUUGACCAGAGCUGAAGGUCCACGUGAACAUAGAGAGGAAGCUGAUGGAGAAUGACGGAAACAGCACAAGCCAAGAGCAAUCACCAUUGUAUAGUGCAGUGUUUCCAAAACACGUGAAAGUUGAGCCCCUAUAUUAGCAAAAUGAAAUCAGUUGUGCCCCCCUGCCCACCACCACCACUAUGUGUUGUUAGAAGCUGUACCCAAGAUGAGCAGUGAAUUGUUGAUCUUCAUCAUCUGACCCAGCCUUGCCUCACAUACUUCAGUGAGCAUCGAAAUAGCUCACAACACUGGUAUUUAAAGCAUCGCCAUUGGCCUCUGAGCUAGUGCCUGUUGAAAUGAACUGGGCGUGGAGCUUUUGUUUCAGGCUCUCUUCAAACUCAGGUAGGUGUUGCUGCUGCAUCAGCUUCCAAGAUUUUCUUCGCAACCAUAACAGCUAAUGACCAGGUGAAAGCUGAGAAUCUAGAGAAGAGUUACAAGGUCCACCCGCCCUUUCCGCCUACUAAUUCUUCACACGUCCCAUUUGGGACAUACACUUCACUCUUUGGGAAACACUGAUAGGCUGGAUUCUCUAUGGAGGUAAAAUCCAGGCUGAAAAGGAAGGUCGAUGAACAUGUGAAUGAGGUGAAAAUAGAUCUUACCCAAGAUGGAAGCAGAAGCUCAUAAAACUGCACGUGGUUGUCUCCACCACACCUCUGUUCAGGUGAAUGGUGAUGAUCUUCAGCUUAAUAAAGACCUGCCAUCAUUAGAGCAGAAAAGUAGGUCCACCUGCUGAGAUGAGGCUGAAGGAAGUGGAAUGGAGGAUUAGCUGAUGGAGAGAGAUUGCAAGUGGAGAGAGCAGGAGCUGAUGCCAGGGAUGAAGGGUCCUUGAACGUCACUUCAAUCCAGUGGACGAAAAGUGGCAGAAUCAGGGCCCCCAGCUGCAAACAGAGGAUAGGGAGAGCAGUCCUGGAAGGCAGAGAAGCAAAGAGGACUGCGGAGCAAGGAGCAAAGACCAAAUUUUUAGUAAGAUUCUCUCCAGUAAAGCAGUAGUUCUCAAAGUUUUGUACUGGUAACCCCUUUCACAUAGCAAGCCUCUGAGUGUGACCCCCCCUUUAUAAAUUAAAAACAUUUUAUAUAUAUAUAUAUUUAACACCAUUAGAAAUGCUGGUUACAAAGCGGUGUUUGGAGUGGAGGCUGACACCUCGUGACCCCCCAUGUAAUAAGCUCAUGACCCCCUGAGGGGUCCCAACCCCCAGUUUGAGACCCUCUGGUGUAAAGGGAGCCAUAAGAAAUCCGAGGAAGAGUAGCAGCAAAGGCACCGAUCUGAUUAUGGACUUUGCAGAGCAGAAGGCUGGGAAGUCAUAGAUUCCGAUUUUAAAGUCAGAAGGGACCAACCUGAACCUCCUGUCUGACCUUCUGCAUGACACAGGCCAGAGAAAUUCCAAACAAAUGAGGAUCUGGGUGCAGGAACAUGCAGUGCCCGCAGCAAAACCAAAGUGGUCCGAGUGAUGGGACAAGUCAAGGAAGAUCGCCAGGAAUGCUGAGACCUGCUGUAAAUAUUUAAACAAGGACAACUCCUUUGAAAAAGGGCUGGAACUGAAGAAAAAACAUUUUUUUUCCUUUUUUUUUUUUUAAAUAAAAGGUAGAGUCUUUUCAUGAGAUGAAUGUUCUUAAGAUGGUCUCUGGGAAAUCUGGAGACCAUCACAGUGAGUGAAGAGGAACCUUCAAAGGUUCUUGGAUCUCACUGAGCUACUCAGGAUAGCUACUCAGUCUGAACUAGCUCACAUCCAAACUCAGUGGCAUCUGUCAAAGCAAAAAGAAAUCCAUAGGAUCCAAGCACAAAAUGACAAGCAAGUUGAGAAGCUCCUGGGGGAUAAAAGUAAAAGAGUUUCUUGGAGAUUUAGAAGAAGACACAGGCAGGGGAAAACCCCAACUCUAGGAAACUCGUGAAACAAGACUGCAUAAGUAGAGAACGGUGCGGUCCUUAAACAUCAGCCUUUGAUGACUACUGUCAUGGCCACAUGCCCUGGAGAAAACUGGAAUUUGAUCAUGAAAACAACCACCGGAAUCCCAAGAUUUUAACUGUCCAAAAACCCAACAAAACAUCAAUUGCGUCGUGAACCAAAGUUCUGAAAUGGAGACUCUAGCUGAAACUUUGGAGGAUGGACAAAAUCACUAGCAGAAGAGAUUCGAAUUCUGAUGGCAAGGGAUACCGACGCUGUGUCGAACUGGUACCUGUUUGGUGAAAGACCGAGAUCGUGAUCUUGAACGAGGGUAUUUCCCACAUGCACAUAUGUAUAUCACUGUAAUAGAGACAGAUUUUUUUAAUGUCUGAGGCAAAUUUAGCUUAGAGAACUAUAAAAUACAGUGUCAGUGUACAUAGGAUUUAAGAGUAGCAUGGUUAACUAUAUAGCUAGGGUAGAAUAGGUUCAUAGGUAGAUACAAAGUAACAUGGGGAUGAGAAGUUCUUCAGUGGAAACCCUGAACUCUGGAGGUUCAAAUCCCAAUCCAAACUAUCCAAAGACUCAUCUCCAGUUCAGAGUAGAGCCAGUUAGUUUAAGGCCGGGAAGCUGAGUGAGAGGCCUGAUUCCAAUGAGAAUCAGGCCCCAACUCCCUUAUGCACUUACUGCCAAUCCCAGCAUCUGAUGAGGAAUGACUGCAGCAGAGGCUAGAAUAGGUUUGGGUUUGGUUUAAGCUGAUUAGACCUUAUGUACAUACCUUGCUUUGAGCUACAUUGCUCGCAAAGUGUUGCGUCCGCCCUGUACUGAUGUAAGUGUGUAACGGAGCAUCCCAGGGUGCCAAGCUGCAGCUGGGCAUUCUGGGAAUUUUUGCAAUAGAUUGUGGGAUACUUGCCAGUGGCUAAUGCGAUCAUGGGGCAUGGGGUCAAACUCCCAUGAUCCUUCCUCCCGAAACCCAUAAUUAAUCUGGUUCCCACUAACCAUGCUCUGGACAAAAUUGAAUUAAGAGUGUCCACAUGGGAUUGCACCGUGUCAGUCUAUGUAUAGGCAGCCAACCCCCAUCUCCACUCCAUACUCCUCUAAUUUCAAGAUGUUUUGUGGAGGGGAUGGAGCAGCAGAAGCCGACCUGUUCUUUAAUGAGAGAGGAAAACUAAGACAAGCGUAGUCGCAUUUAUAUGCUAGGCACUUCUGCAGCAUCUCGGUAUCUCUUUUUUUUUUUUUUCUUUUUUUCUUUUGUUUUCAAUGAGCAGUAGGUUACUCGCAUCUGUGGUCUUCAAGAGCAAUCGCCUGGCCACGGCUGGAGAAAGAGCAGCCUCCAUUUCCAUUGCUCCCAGCCGGCAGCUGGGGUCAGUUUAAAACUCUCUUGUGGAGAGUUUGCUGCUGUUGUGAGCAGGGCAGUUGGCAUGCCGCUCAGUAACAUCCAUUGCACCAUCCUGUGCCUGAGUGUUGCCCUAGAAGCCGGGAUAAAACUGCAGAAAAACGGCUGCUGGUAGAUGUUGAAUAACUUGUAGGAUUUCACUUCAAUAAACUAGUGGCUACUGUUUUUUUUAAUUAAAAACAAAACAAAAUCUGU